AUGAAGGACAAAAAGUUACAAAAGACUCCUGAACUAGUACGUCAAGAAACAGAAAAACUAACCGUUUCGAUUGCUUUUGGUAGAUUAUUGUGUAAUGUAGGUGAAUACGAUAAAUCACAAAAAUAUUUCCAACAAUUAUUCACUAAUUCCAAUGGUGAAGAUCGAGUAUGGAUUGAAUUUAAUAUUGGUCGAGUUCUUUAUAAAGGUGAAUGGAACGAAGCUCGAGAAUAUUAUGAUCGCGCUUAUGAUCGCAUGAUGAAAAGUGAACCAGCACGAAUCAAAGAUUGUGCUUAUGUUCUCAAUGACAUUGGUGACAUUUUUCGUAAGCAAGGAAAAUAUCACGAAGCCCUUGAUUAUCAUCAGAAAGCAUUGAAAAUUCGAGAGAAAUAUCAUCCAUCUGGUUAUGUCGAUAUAUCUCAUAGUCUCGCUAGCAUUGGACUUAUUCUCCAUAAGCAAGGAAAAUACGAUGAAGCUCUUCAUUAUCAUCAACGAGCAUUAGAAAUUCGAGAGAAAUUUUAUCCAUCUGGCCAUGUUGACAUUGCUACAAGCCUCAACAACAUUGGUAAGGUUCUCAAUGAUCAAGGAAACUCCGAUGAAGCUCUGAAUUAUCAUCUGCAAGCGUUGAGAAUGAAAGAAAAAUAUUAUCCAUCUGUUCCUAUCAGUAUUGCUUAUAGUCUCAACAACAUUGCUAACGUUCUUAAUCGACAAGGAAAGUACGAUGAAGCUCUUGAUUAUUAUCAACAAGCAUUGAAAAUUAGAGAGAAAUCUUAUCCAUCUGGCCAUGCCGAUAUUGGUGUCAGUUUGAAUAAUAUUGGCGGUUGUUAUGAAAAUCAGAACAAGCGAAAGAUGGCACUUGACUACUUUCACCGCGCAUUGAAUAUUUAUGAUAAGUUUCUUUCUGUUGACCAUCCAGAUCGACAGAGAACCGAGAAGAAUAUUCGUCGACUUACUGAAAAAAAAGCUUGUUAG